AUAAUCUCUUGCCUUUUUUGCUCUUUUUAUUUAUUGCUUGUUGCCACAGAAGAAGAUGAUCAAUAAAAUGGCUAGCUUGAGAAGAGCCCUGGUUACCGUCCACCGUAUCCUCAACUCCACCACCACAACCAAUCACAUCUCAGUUACAUCCCCUUUAAGGUCUCAAUAUGGGCUGUUUUCACGUUAUUCAACGUUAAACAAAAAUGAUAAUAAAAAACCAUCAUUGGAUUUUGACCUAUCUAAUGAAGAAAGCAAAAGGAGAUUAUGUAACAGGCUGUUGUAUAGGAGCAGACAAAGAGGGUUUUUGGAGCUGGAUUUGGUUUUGGGGAAAUGGGUAGAAGAGCAUAUUUAUUCUAUGGAUGAAAAUGGUGUUAAAGCUCUAAUUGAUGUUCUUGAUUUGGAAAAUCCAGAUCUUUGGAAAUGGUUAACUGGACAGGAGCAACCCCCUGAAGCAGUGAGCAUAAAUCCUGUAUUCUCUGCUGUGCGUGACAAGAUCAUGAACAAUCUCAGCAGCCAUGCUGCCCCCGAGACACGGGCAAUACCUGGACAGCCAUGGGUAAGAGGAUGGGAUGAUAUCAAGAAAAGCGCUGGCAGCCCAGUGGCUGGAAACCAGUAGCACUACUACUACCAGGAAGCUAUAUAGACUGUUCAUUUGAGCUUUUUGACGAGUCAUAAUGUAUUAACGUGUGCUCUUCUGAAUACCUUAAUUGUUGUUAUUUCUUCUCAUGACUAGCAAAAUAAAAAAGGACCGUUGGCUGUUAAUAAAAGUGGAGCUGUAUUUGCAGGCCUUGCAUUUCA